AUGAGCUUUUAAAUUCAGAGGAUUACUGAGAAAAAGAAAACUCAAUUCUCUAAUGAAGAUGGCAGUUCUCCACUAUCUUAAAUUGAAGAUUAAGAAAUCGAUCAAUAAGGAUUGAUUUUUGGUGAUAUUGUUAAAAAUUAUGAAAGAAAUAAAAAAAAGAAGCCUACAAUUUCAUCGUUGCUGAAGUCAAGUCCGAAAAAGGUUAAUCCUCCUGAUAUCAUCAAACUUUCAUUAGAUAAGAAGAAAUGCAGCUAAUUGUUUGAAGAGGAUAAACUUUUUGAAUUCAGCUAAAGAUCAUUAAACCCAACUCAGUAUAGAAAUUACAAGAAAAAACAGUAGUAGAACGGAUCUCCUACACCGACUCCAAAAAAGCAUAGUAACAAAGUAAUGCCUGAGCCCAUAAAGGUUCAAAAUGGCAAUAACAAUAACGAAAUGUCUGCUUCAGUCUAACCUUAGUAAAGGAAUUCCAAUCCUUAGGUGUUAUCACCUUAUGUGAUCGCAUCUAUCAUAAAGCUAUAGCAGCAGUAAGAAACUCGUGUAUCGUAAUUGGAUAAGUUGGGAUUAGAUUAAUUUCUCAGCUAAGCUAUGCUAAAUCAACAUAUAAAUAGUUCUAUAAAAAGAGAUCUUAAGAUAGCUCUAGAACGUAAGUUGAUACACCCUCACCACUACCGAUAAUUAUUUCUAGUAGGGACAAAUGCAUAAGUAAUAAUGCUGCAAAAUAAAGGAUAUUAUCAAGCCUUGCUCAAAUAAAAAAGUCAUUAUCCUCUAAAAUACUUUGAUAAAAUAAAGCUCGAUGUUUGUAGAAGCUUUGGAAGUUUGCAAAGUGAUCAAAAAGCUAUUUAUGAGAAAUCUCUUGAUAAUAUACUUUGUGCUAUUGCAAUUAGGAACCCAUACAUACACUAUUGUUAAGGAAUGAAUUAUAUUGGAGUUUUUAUUUUAAAAUAUAUAACAGAUGGUAAUGAGGAAGAAGCUUUUUGGAUAUUUAUUCAAUUACUUGAGUCUUUUUUGUCGUUGGAAAUGUACAACAACGAAGAAUUUUUUGUUUAUUACUUUAAUAUGCUUGAAGAAUAUCUUAAAAUAGAGUUCUCAGAUCUUUAUGAAAAACUGAAGAAAAAUCACGUUCAAAAGUUAUCCUUCCCAUUCAGUGAAUUAUUCACUCUCUUCACUAAUUAGAUAAAACCUUAAAUAACCAUCUAAAUAUGGAUAAAUUUAAUUCUACAAGGGUAAAGAGCACUCUUUAAGAGCGUUAUAACAUUUUUAAAUAUAUUUAAGACAUAGCUGAUUCAGGCAGAUGACUCAGGUAGCAUUCACUAAAUUAUCGAUUAAAUAAAAUAAUAUGACAAUGAAAUAGAAUUUUAAAACGAAUACGAUAAGUGUUACAUAAAUAAAAGAGCUUUUAUGAUAGCAUUAAACACAUAUAGUGAAGUUUAAAGACUAGAAAUUAAUGGGAAUAAAAAAAGUUAACUAGGUUUUAGCUAAAUUAAUGAAUAAUGCGAUUUAAAGUCUCCAAUUUGUAUUCAUGUUUAAUAAACAAUUAAGAAUUUAAAAAGAAGCUUUUCUUAUUUUAUUUAUAAAACUGCUAAUAAUAUUCAAGUCACUGAUUCAGAUUAUUUUAGUGCUGCUAAAUCAUAGGCUGAUUUUAAUUAUCAUCACAAUUAAGUAAGACGGAAUCAAUUGAUUUUAUAAAAUUAAGGUUAAUAAGAUUAACAAAUGUAAUAAUAAAUGGCUUAAUAAUAAGCUGUUAAAUACAUAUAAGGGUAAGCAGAUUUUGAAUAAUAAAUAAUCAUAGAUGAUUUAGAUGAUUUACUUGUAGGAAGAUACUAUCAUAUGUGCUAAGUUAUUGAUUAUAGAUAAAAUAGUAGCAUUUUAAGACCAUCUCUAUCACCUAAAAAUAAAGAAAAAUCUUAAUUUAGGUCUCCAUAGUUUUUAUCAUUAAAAAAAGUAAAUUUAAUUGAAAGUGAAAGCUAAAUCAAUCUUCAAUAAGAAUCAUCUUUAGAUGUAGGUACAGAUCCUUUUCCUGUAUUUUAAUAAACUUCAUCUAUAAUUAUUAAUCCUCAUAGAGAAAAAAGUAAAACACAUUCAAGUGUAUCCAAUGGUGAACCCAAUCAGUAAUAACAGAGGAAGAAAGAAUUCACUUUAUAUCAUUAAAAUUACAUAAGUUAUCAUUAAAAUGAGGAUGAACUAGAUGGUAAUGAAGAAGAAGAGGAGGAUAAAGAUGGAGAUUUUACUUAUAUGUUUAGCAAGAAUUAGUAGUAAAAAGACUAAAGUCCCAAGAGAAGAAAAAGUAUAACGCUACAUGAUGAAGGGUAAAUUAAAUAAUCUUAGGUAGUUGAGCAAAUCGAUUAAAACAUAAAUGAAUAGUUUAAUUAGUAUGAAACUGGGAUAAUAUAAUAAAACCAAGAAUAAGAUUAGCCUGACAAUUCACCUUUAUAAGUUAGAGAGAGAAGUACUUUUAUACUGCUAAAAAAAGAUAAAAACGAUAAAUUUACUAUUUAACUUCCUGCCUAUACUUAAAAUUGCAUCAAAGUUGUAAAUAAUGGAGUCGAAUAAAAAAUUUUGAAAUACUGA